GUGGACUUUUAAUUGAUGGAAUUGAGCUAUCCGAACACUUGAGCUUAGGAUCCGACGAAACCAUCGAAGGUUUUGUGGAUCUUGGGAAAUUCACACCAGAGAGUUAGCGCCCCGUGGCAUGCGACCAUGGCCUCGUCGUAUUGUUUGUGCCUUUUACAGGAACGUGGCACCAGAUUAUUGGUGUGUUCGCAUCACGCAGCAAUUUGAAGUCAGAGAUGUUAGGCAAAAUAAUCCUCGAAGCAGUAGUCAUGUGCGGAAACGCCGGUUUGCACAUAGACUUUAUCACCACUGAUGGAGCUGCGUGGAAGAGGAGUAUGUGGCACUCGUUCGGUAUACACGGCAGAAAAGAAAACACAGUCUGUAGAAGGCAGCACCCUACAGACCCAGAACGUUUUUUGCACUUCAUCUCGGACUUCCCACACCUUGUUAAAUGUGUGAGGAAUACUUUUGUUCGAACUGGCGUGAGACUGCCAGAAGGCCAUGCCAGUGUUGACCCUAUUGACUGUGCCCGAAAGCUCGAUGAACAGCAUGACACGACUCUCAAAGCCAUGUCUCAUAUUAGCACAUCAGUCGUGCGGCCAAAUGGCUUUGAGAAAAUGAGGGUAAAUUACGCAGUGAGGCUUUAUAGCGAUGAAGUCCUCAGGGGACUUUUCUUGUACAAUGAAAUCAUCGAAGAAAAGCAUGGGAGCACGGCUGCGACAGUCAGCUUUGUGGAAAAAUUGAGAAGGCUGAUUGAGGCAAUGACUUCAAGGUGCAGCUCAGGAGCACUCAAGCCUGGAGGGACGCACGAGAAGUGCAUUGAAAACUUCUUGGCCUACCUGGACGAGUGGGAAACAGCUGCAGGCUCCGGAGGUUUCCUUAGCCGCAGUACAGCCGAAGGACUUCGUGUUAACUUGUCAAGCACGCUACACCUUCUCCGCUACCUGACGACGAAGUUGAAAUUCAGCUAUAUGAUGACAUGCCACUUGAGUCAGGACCCUCUGGAGAGGCUGUUUGGAAUCGUCCGACAAAUGUCUGGAUGCAAUGACCAUGCGACUCCUUCCCAGUUCCUCAUCUCGGUUAACACUUUAAGCUUCCAGAAUUUGGCAAAACCACCGAAAGGAAGCAAUGUGCCCUCAGGACUGCUGAGGAUUCUGCUAGGAGCUGACAACGGAAAGGACCGGACUUCUCAGAGGAAGCUGGAUGAGCUUCUUGACGCAGGAAACCUUGCCGAAGCACAUGAAGUGCUCAGUGAAUGCGGCCACGGUACCGAGCAUGUUGACAUGGUAGUGCAAACCAGCAAUGCCAGACUCGUAUAUUACAUGGCUGGCUAUGUGGCAAGAAAGAGCGUUGCAAGCACCAAAUGCGCAGAGUGCAGCCGGCAGCUCCUACAAGGCGAAAACGAUUCAGCUCCAGGUGCAGCAUCCCUCACUGCAGCUGUUGACCGAGGAGGCCUGCUGUACCCAUCAGCCAAGCUCAAUGCACUCGUGACCACUCUCGAGAACACUUUUACCCACUGUUUUAGUGUGAGAGAAGUCAAAUGUGACAGCAUCAUGGACUUGGUUUCCUUCUUGCAGUUAAGAAAGCUUACCCUCGUUGGCUGCUCUGACCACAGUAUGUCCCUUACAAACAAAUUAUCAAGUUCUAUGUGCUUACUAGGCUCCAUUUUCAUGUGAAGGCUCAGAACAGCAAGCGAAACGCAAGGCAGGAAAGAAUGAAAUUGCUAAAGCUUAGACGCGUGCUCUAAGUUUGAUAUUGUAACUUUAAGCUCAUUUGCCUCUUAUUUUUUUUGCUUAGUGGUAAGUGAUAUCUAUGCCUCCACAUUUCUUAGUGCCAAGUGAUGCACUGUCUGCGUGCAAUGUUUCAUUGUUUCUUAACUAGACACGAGCAUGUGUAAAUGUGCGUAUUUAUUUUUCAUUAUUUUA